CAUCUUAAUAUUGGACCAAUAUGUAAAUUUCAAAAAAGUACAGGUACCAGAACGUCUAAUUUUUCAAUGUCAAUUCAAUGAAUCUCUUUCUCGAUCCAAUUGGAUUUGAAUUAAAUGGAUUCGAAUAAUUGAAUAUACGAGAUGAUGGCUCCAAUAAGUUCCAUCGACCGCGGUUCCGAUUUCUACAUCUCUCUCAACCACCUUUCAAAUUGUCUCCAUUUAAUCUACGGGUCUUUUCUUUCAUGAUCUAUCACCACCUUCCAAACUGAUUUUUCACAAUAACGUUGAGGAUCGAACAUGCGUGCUGGCUUCUUCUCCUAGUGACAACGUGAAAUUCUUCUUCACAAUCGUUAUAAAAUUGAAGAAUUAAGAAGGAUUCAUCAAAAGAAGAAAACAAAAAAGGUUUUACUGAUCGAUCGAAGAUGAAAAAGAACGGCGCCGGCGGCUUGCCGGGCAGAAGCUCGACGAGCAAACGUAAACAGAAGAUACUGAGAACAGUGGCAGCUGUCAUCGCUACAUUCCUAGUCGUUGUUGCCUUUUGCGCGACGCUGCAUCGGCAUGAACCAAAUCAGCCUGAGAAUAUGAACACUCCAACGAGGAAGAAGAAUGAAACCCUAACGAGCCUCCCUGUGGAAACAGUAGUCAGCACCGUCGAUAACGAAGUUGGGCUGCAACAGUUCACCAAGCCUCCCACGUGCCAUUUCGGCGGGAGAUCGGAUUACUGUGACAUCGAAGGCGAUGUUCGAGUGGAUCCGGGCUCAGCAACGGUGUAUCAAGUUCUCCAUCCAAACAGCGAUUUCAUCGCUAGAUCGACGGCGGCGGCGAUGACGAUGAUAAAGCCGUACCCGCGGAACGGCGACGAGACCGCCAUGGGACUGGUAAGGCAAUGGACGGUGAAGAUUGUACCCGCAGACCAUAAGAGCUUGCCAGUUUGUCAUGAUCAACGAGUUCACGAUUCUCCGGCGCUCAUAUUCUCACUGGGUGCCUAUUUCGGACACUACCUCCACGCCUUCUCCGACGUUCUCGUUUCGCUCUUCGUCACCGCUGGCCCCUUCGACCGGCGGCUCCAUCUCCUCGUCACCGACGGCCACCACUUGCAGGUCGCCAAGUUUGCGACCAUAUGGCGGGCAUUGUCCACAUACAGAGUGGUGGACAUCGACACGGUUCAACCGGGUGGGAAAGCGCACUGCUUCUCCCGAGUCAUGGUGGGUCUGAAAGGUCGCGACGAGAAAGAACUCAGCAUCAACUCGUCGGAAUCUCGAUACACCAUGAAAGACUUCAGACAGUUCCUGAGAAGUGCCUACUCUCUCGAAAAAACGGUUGCAACACAGUUACGAGACCGCGGAGAGAGGAAAAAAACAUCGGUGCCACCGCCGCGAAUUUUGAUAAUUUCUCGAGAGAAGACUCGAGCGUUCACGAACGUGGUGGAGAUCGUGAGGACGGCUAGGGAGCUCGGGUUCGAGGUCGAAACGGUGGCGCGAUUCGACGUGGACGUGACGAAAUCGGCGAGGAUGGCGAAUCGUGUCGACGUGUUGAUGGGAGUUCACGGAACGGGGCUCACCAACGUGGUUUUUCUUCCCGAGAACGGGAUUCUGAUCCAGGUGGUUCCGUUUGGUGUGGACUGGCUUUCGAAUAGGUAUUUUGGUGAGCCGUCGAGGGACAUGAAUGUGAGGUACUUGGAGUACAAGAUAACUAAAGAAGAGAGCAGUUUGGGGAAGGUGUAUGCGCCCGACGACGCCGUUUUUACGAACCCGACGUCGUUUCGGUGGGAGGAAUUCAGCUCGAUUUACUUGCAGAACCAGAAUGUGACGGUUGAUGUGACGAGGUUUAGACCGAUGUUGGUGAGAGCUUUGGAGCUUUUGCAUCAAUGAUUUUGUAUCCUACUUGAAUCCUAAUUGAAGAAAAAGUUAAUGAGAUAAUAAUAUUCAUCCUACUUGAAUCGAGUUUGCUUAUGAUCAACCUUUUCGAUCUGAAUUAAAAAUACUAUUAUCUCAAGGUCCGAGACUAAGAAACGAGUAGAGGUAAAUGAAAUUAUUUGGAAAUGGAAUCCAUGUCCACCAGCCAAACUGUGGAUUUUGGUUGUAGCAUUUUUAUAAAGGGUGAAACACUGGAUCUCAUGAAUUCACGGAAUUCAAUCCAUUUCCCACCUCUAAUGAAACCCAUUUGAUGUGUUGAAAGAGGUUCAUCACAUAAAGAAAUCGGAGAAUUGAUA